CGCGGAAAAGGAGUUUGGGAUUGGAAUCAUUGCCUUCUCAUCGAAUCGCUAUCGCAAUGUGUUGCAUACACCGGUCCUUAGAUCGGAUUGGGGAAUUCCUUGUUUUUCGCGCGUUGUCGUGUCUGCCGGUGAUCGCGGAGGUUUUUGCGUAGGGUAUUUAUGCGAAUCGGUUCUGGGGGGUAUCUGGGAGCGGGUGUGUGUGCGGUAUGAUAUUAUGCAGGCUGGUUGGAUGGGUCACAGCCUUGAAUGUACUCAAGUACUAUACUCGAGUAUCAAGGGCAUGCAGGUUGGAGUGCAUGACUUGGUCGGUUGGUUGGGGUGGACUUUCUGAAAAGGUUAUGGAUACCGAUACUCGUGGAUGAUGACUCGGAAGUACUUUGCUGUGCUGUGGAGCAUAGUUGGAGGAAAUGGGGGAGGUGGGAACAUGAUGGAGGUCUUUGGGAAUGGGGAUGCGAGUUGGGUCUCGUUCAAGCGUGGAGUAGAGUGCGAGAAGACUGCCAUAGAGUGGGUACGAGCAUCGUGGGACCUGACUUUUUUUUUUUUUUUUUUUGUUAGCGAGGGUUUUGGGUUUGAGUUGAAGGGUUUCGGGUGUCGUUGCGGGGCUGUGGUGAUGUGCCAAGUAUUGGCUGGCUGACUGACUGCUCGAGCAGUGGUGGUGGGUCAAUCGUUUAGCCCAUGGUUUGGGCAUCGGCGUGGCCAGUAGGUUAGGUAGGAUACCUGCCGAUCAGACAAAGUGACAUUCUUCCUCCUCUUUUUCACCUUCAAAUGAGCGGAAACCUCAGCUCCCGUUCAAACAAAUCGGCAACGCUGUUCGAAUGGAGCGGAAUUGGUUUCGCCCUUUUUCAAUUUUAUCAUCACGUAUGGAUGCUGAUCAUUUCUCCGUCCGCCCCAGGAGUCCUUCAAUACGUGUUCCUCCGUCUUGCUGGGUGUCUGUCACUCCCGAGCGGGAUAUGGUUGCUCCGUUGGGUCCUGCUGCGCCGGAGUGUUGUGUGUCCCAUGCCGUGGUCGACAACGGACAUGCUUACCGGUAGAUAUGCCACAGCCUGGACGAAUCGAGUAACUUGAUGAGGGGAAAAGUGAGAAAAGGGUAAAAAAUGGGAGGGAGCUUUGACUCGAUACUUGCUUUUUUCCCCUCUCCCCCAGCCCUCGGACGAGUCGGACUCCGUCGGUGCCAACGGACCAGAGCGAAGUUGUGUGCAUCAUUAACUUGGCUUGUUAUAGUGUUGCCGAGGUAACGAGGGAAAAGCGAUAGGCGAGGGUCCUGAGUCUCCCACACAAGGUCAAACUUUGGGCACCGCGUCUUUCAAAUCAUUCACCGGUAUGCCUUCUGAUUGUGUCCGUCUGGUUCCCCCCCCCCCUACCGUAAGGGGUUUUUUCUUUCUUUCUUUUCUUUUCGCUUGUGUCGUAGUUUUAUAACGGCCACAGUGAAAUACCGGUAAAACCAAGUGAAUGGCCAGGGCGACCCUGAUCGAGAGGCGGAGAGAAAGGCACAGGUGUGCGAGAGUUACGAUUCGCACAUUUUUUACUCGAGCACGGAAUAAAAUUUGCUUUGGGAGUGUUUGAUUGACAUUGCCUAAUACCUACCUGU